AUGGCGGAUGGCAGUGACAGUGGCCGUGCCAGUCGCCUGGAGGAGCUUGCCAAACGAGCGCGCUCUUUGCGAGCGCAGCUAGACCGCCGUGUGCGGGGUGAGGUGCAGGGAGUCGAGAGUUACUUGGAUCGUGCGGAUCUAAGUGGAGUUGCAGCGGCGAGCUUGGAGCUAAUUGAUGCAGCUGACCCCUUGCGGGCCGGCCAUGGAGAUGCUCCUGCAGCCGCUUGUGAGAAAACCAUGAGGAGCGGCAUGGAGACAGCACCAAUUUCGGCACCGGAACCACGAACAAGUUCCUCGGAUGUUCUUCCUCAACCUGGAGGUGCCGGUCGGCAGAAGCGAAUGAACCUGACGUUGGAGGCAGUGGAGCUAGCGCCCAGUUUCGCCGCUAGCAUGGCCAAACGCAUCCAGCUGUUGCUGCGCUGCAUCAUCCCACGCCUGGAAAGUGGGACAGUUACUCAAGAGGUCGUGGUGGCGCCAUGCGAGAAAGGGAGGCCAGGGAGCUCUCUCAGCAUGCUACACUGUGGCCAUUCAUCCCUGCAUUUGGUCAAUACCACCCUUGCCGAGCAGCCAGUUCUGCAGCUCCUGGCCUCGCAUGGGACAGAUUGCCCACAGACGCCAGACGCCGAAUCCUUCGUGCCAGUCGCAAGUGGAGAAAUUCCUUGGCUCCUUUGGGAAGAGGCCAUGCGCCGUGGCCCGGUCCGGGUGUCCCUCUUGGCAGCUGCGGGUCCGCACGAGCGUCCUGCCGUCGUGGGCUGCGUCCUGGUGACUGUAAGGAAUGCAGAGAUCGGCGGCGACGCGCUUUUGGACACAAGCCCCAUUCACUUGAAGGUUUGGCUGGAGAAUUUUCGUUUCUCACAAUCUUUGCCAACUGCAUUGGAAGCUGUGUACAUCGUAGCGAAGCUUGGGCGUGACCAAGAGAUCGUGGCGCACCUGGCCAAAGAAGGCCAAUACGUCGAAGGUGGGGAGCUGGUUGCCCCAAUCGCUCUCAGCGCCGUCGCGGAAGAGCCUUGUUGGCGUGUUGAUGUGGAUCGACAGAUUCUGGUUUCUGGCCCUGUUCCUGAGAAACUCUUCCUCCAAGUUUGGAGAGGGCAGGAGCUGCUUGGCCUUGCAGGUCUCCCUGUCCCAGUGCUCACAAAGAAGGACAUGGCAGGUCUCAGCAUUCCAGGUCGGCCUUGUGUCGAAGUCACAUCUGAAAACCUUACAGUCGCAGCCACUGCAGCCACUGGCACUGGAGAUACCUUCGGGGUGAUUCGAGUGAAGGUUUGUGCCGAGAUGGUUUCAUCAAGGCAACUCCCAAGCCCCGCUGUCGACACCGUGGCACCAGAGAAAGACUUGCUUGUCCGCAGUCUGCAACAGGAGCUGGUUCCAACCGAUCCGGAGAACAUCCAUCCUCAAUAUCCACAUGGUCCACAUGUGGAUCCGCCUCCGCCUGUCAGUGCUUGCGUGGAGCUAACAGCACCACUUUCAAACAGAGAGGUCGCUACGUGGUUCGGCCACCUGUUCCGCCAGACUGUAUCAUCUGCUUUGAAGAUAUCACCUGGCCGGAUACACAUUGCGAGCAUCGACGGCUUAAUGCUGAUGUUUGAAAUCAGAUCUGGGCGUUCUGAUGAAGCCACUCCAAGUGAAGCUGCUGAGGACUUUGCCAGGCAAAUCUCCUCAGAGUCAGCUUUGGCUCACAGCGAGCUAGCUCCAUUUCUAGCUCUGCCGAGGUUUGCUGCCAAAGUGCCACCUCAAGAGUUUGGAAGCUCUGUGCCUCUGCAGUCAAGGAUAUCACUGCCAGGCGAGCACUCAGCGUCCUGCAGUAGGCCUUUGGCAUGCACAGCGUAUGGGCCAGUACCACAAGCGCCUGAUGGUUUGGAAGAGAUGCUAUCAGCAGUCCGAGAACGCCUCUUCGAAGUCGUUUUGGCCUCGGGAGUGGAGCCGGACCGGGCAUUUUCGGUUCUGGAUAGAGAUGGUGACGGCAUUGUCGCAAUGGGAGAUGUUGUAGCUCUUUUACAUCACUUGGGGCUGCCUCUUACCCAGGAGGUUCUCAGCUUGCCUGUGCAAGCUGGCUUUAGUGAGGCGGACUUCAGGAGGCAUUUCCUGUGCUGGCUGCAGAGUAAUCAGCCUCAGCAGCUGCCUUUAGCGCCAGCUUAUCCAAGCUGGGAAGACUUGUUUAUGCCCCACCAAGCCGCUGGUGAGAGGUGCCUUCUCUUGCCAGACUUCUUGCUCUUUGCAAUGCUGGACCGUGAAGGCACCGGUCAGUUGAAGCCCGGCAUUUGGCACGCCUUUGCUUCGAGAUGCCUCGGUCUAGGCAAAGAUGCAGCAUUUGCCACCUAUAGCUUUUGCGACCAGCAUGACUUAGGAGCUGUAAGCUAUCGAGACUUCCGUCGUUACAUUGCGCGUGUGCACGAUCUGCGAGUUCAGCGAAUGCCUGAGGCUGCUAUGCAGCUGGAUGCCAUUUGCCAGGAUGCAAGGGCUGUUCUAGAGCUUGCUGAGCUACCCACUGUGGCAGUGCAAACAGUGCAAGAGCCUGGGCGAUUGGCGGCCGUGAGCGACGCACUGGGCCGCCGAGGGUGCACCUUAGAUAGCAAGGCCACACCGUCAGGUUUAGAGGAGCUACUGUCAGAUUUGCGAUUGCCGUCCCACAUUGCUGGGUCUUUGCUACGGUGGCAGGAGUCCAUUUCUGUUGCAUUGAGCAGCUAUGGCUUGCAAGCUGAGCCACCUCCGCUGACUUAUCGCAUGCUGCUUGGCAUUCUGAGAGCUUCUCGGGGUUUGGUGCAAACUCACCUGGAUGCCUUAUGCGGAGCCUGCAUGCUAUCGGGCAUUGAGAUGAAGCUAGUCCUGGACUUUGCACUCCGCAGGCCAACUCAGGCUUUAUCUGCAGAAGAACUUGCAGGAGCCUUGAUGGCUGCUGGGGUCGACUUGAAAGCGGUGGACCCAAAGGAUGUGCUCCUAGCAUUGGAUCCUCACGGAUGCAAGCAGAUUUUCGCGCCGGACCUGAUCAAACUUCAUGAGAAUUUUCUCGGAAAGUUUGAAGGUUUGCUGAGCAAAAUGGCCGGUUGCAUCGGUGAUCGUCAACUCUCCCCAGAUCAGCUUUUCCCAGAUGGGCGUUUAGCAUCAUUUGUCUCCACCCGACAAGCGAGCUGCAGAUAA